GAAAAGAAAUUGAGGACUGAAAGGGACCCAAGAGAUUUAAUUUGAGUGCAGAGAGAAAAAGAACAAAAAAUGGUAACUGUAACAUCACACACACACAAAAAAAAAAAAAGAGAAAGAUUGGGUUGGGAGUAACGGCGAUGAUUGGAGAAUCUUCUAGACAUAUGAAAUUUGUGGAUUAGGGCUUUUAAUCGGCGAAAAAAUGGGGCGAAGGAAGGUAGAAAUUAAGCGAAUUCAAGAUAAAAAUUGCAGGCAAGUUGCGUUCUGUAAACGGAGGAAGGGUUUAUUGAAGAAAGCUAAAGAAAUUUCUAUUCUCUGCGAUGUCGAUGUUGCUGUUGUUAUCAUCUCAAAUCGUGGUAGACUCCAUGAAUUCUCCAGCAAUAACAGUAUGACAGCGAUGCUUCGACGAUAUGAAAGCCAUGUUGGAGCAGAAAAAGAGAUCAAUGCAGAAAUCCAGGUCGCAGAGGUGUCGGGGUUCACAACAAUGGGAGAACUGCUACAAACAACAGAAAGGCAACUCGAGGAAACAAAUGCUGAUGGUCUCACUUUGACUGACCUUAUCCAUUUGGAAAACGAACUUCAAACUGCUCUAAUACAUCUCAGAGCUAGAAAGACACAUUUGAUGCUUGAAUCUGCUAAGGUUCUUCAUGAGAAGGAAAAACUGCUGCUAGAGGAAAAGAAACAUCUGGAGGACAAUAUAGCUAGUAUCAAGAAAAACACAAAAGUGAAUGAAAUGUCUGACCUUCCAGCACCCCACAUGAUUUGUGGACAACAAAAAGUUACCCUGAAUUUCUUCUAGUGAUUAUCGUCGUAUUCGUCGAAAAGCCUUGCUUCUGCACCAGAGGAACCUGCAAAAUUAGUUUCAAUAAAACUAAUAAUUAUUCAUCCUUGUUCUUGUUUCUAAUGGAUGAUGAUUAAAGUUAACUUCUCUACUUUGACAUAUUUACUAGAGGGUGACUUAUAUGCCUAUUUUUCCCUCUUUUUAAGUUGUAUAAUGGAGUACUUGAAAUUGAUUACCCUACACAUUAUUGUUAUGAUUUUUUUGUGAAGAGUAAUAUUGCAAAAUUACAUAAA